GCUAUUUAUUCAAGAUGGCUGCCUCUUGGUCGGAACUCAUGCUUUCCAAACUUGUCGGACGUUGCAACAACUUUUUUCAGCCUGGUUCCUCACGUGCCAUGUGUAAGCCCUUUAUGGUUGGUGACCAGCAGGUGGGCUGGGUCUGGCCAGGUGUGGAGAAACACAUCCAGAGAUUCCCUGAUGUCUUCAUGGUGGAAGACAAACAGGUGUCCUUGUGCCCCAGCCUGCAGAUGUAUGAAGAGAGAACAGCCAGAGUACAGGAGGUUAUGGUGAAGCUGAGGGAGGAGGGGGAAUUCAUCGCACUGAAGGGCUGGAGAGAUGAGAUGUAUGAGGUUUUUCACCAGAGAAGCAGUCCCCCAGUUUUUAGGAUGGAGAGAACUGCCACUGCUCUGUUAGGAGUGAAACAGUAUGGUGUCCAUGUGAACGGCUAUGUGGAGCAUCCUCAGAAGGGUCCACUCAUGUGGAUAGGCAGGAGGGCAAAGAACAAGUCUACUUACCCUGGCAAACUGGACCAAGUGACUGCAGGUGGUUUUACAGCAGGGCUGACUGCACAGGAGGUGUUGGUGAAAGAAUGUGCAGAGGAGGCCAACAUCCCCCAGGACAUCGCCCUUACAGCACAGCCUGCAGGGGCCAUCAGUUAUUUCUAUGAGGAUGAGAGAGGCCUGUUUCCUGAGAUACAGUUUGUGUUUGACCUGAAGUUACCCCUGGACUUCCAGCCAGUCAACACUGAUGGGGAAGUGAGCGAGUUCUAUCUCUGGGACAUGGACAAGGUGAAAGAGCAGAUAGCCCAGCCAGACUUCAAACCCAACUGUGCCAUGGUUGUGCUGGACUUUUUGAUAAGACAUGGACAUAUUCAUCCAGACCAAGAGCCACGAUACUUGCAGUUCCUGGAAAACCUUCACAAGACACUAUUUUAAUGAGCCAGUACAUGUAGAUAUUGUAAAAAUUAUAUUUAAGAUCAUGAAAUGCAUGCUUGACAGAAUGGGUUGUAAAUAAUGCAUGUCAAGAUCUGUGGAGCAAUGUAAUUGCUAGCUACAACACAUUUAGAAAUCUAACCUUCAGCCUGCUGAAGUAGCCAUUUUGCUCCAUAUUUGUAUUGAUUAUAGUGUUAGGUAGCAUGUAGGAGGGUGAAGUAUCAGUAUAAGGAAACACUUCACACAUACUGCAUUCAUGGUUUAUUCCUUAGCAGCCCACCUCUGUACAUCAAUAUUUACAAUCAAAAUGUACACAAAGUACAUCUAUCUAAAUAUUUCUCUAGCUAAAUUGUUUAGUUUGUAUGUUUCUUGAUAUACCAUUAGUACUGACAGUGCCAAAACCUUCCUAUUCAUAAAUCAUUUGAAGUAAAAUG